UCAAAACUUUCCCUAGAAAUUCGAUCUAAUUUAUUUUAUUGAACACCGGUGAAAAGAGAUUUCAUUAUAGGAUGCGUUACAAUAAACGAGAGGACUCUGUUUCUUCAGCAAGGUUUCAUCAUGUACCUCCUGUUCAAGAAAGUGGAAGUGAUAGAUCUGGUGGAAGCUCGGAACAGCUACAGCCUGAUAAGUCAUCUUCAGAGGAUAUAAGUGAAACAGAACCUCCACCAGAGGAAACUCCAGAAAAGUAUAGAAAUCUUCUUGCCUUUUGGAUAUUGGGAGUAUGCAAUAACUUUGGAUAUGUUAUUAUGUUAAGUGCAGCAUUUGAUUUGUUGCACCCAGAUCACCAUGGUGAAAAGCAGGUGGAUUAUUACACCGUAAUGAAUAGUACUAAUGAAACUGUUUGUAACCCGAUUUCGACUGGAGCAAUACUACUUGCCGACAUAAUUCCUUCUCUGCUUAUUAAAAUGAUAGCUCCAUUCAUUGUUGUUUCAAUAUUUUUUAGAAUUAUAGUUGCAAUUUGUCUUAGUUUUCUAAGUCUUAUUGUCACAUCAGUUUCUGUAAACCAUGGGAUGACUUUUGCUGGUGUAGUUCUUUGUUCUUUAUCAAGUGGUUUAGGAGAAGUUACGUUUUUAUCAUAUUCUUCAUAUUAUCACAGAAAUGUUGUUUCCGCUUGGGCAUCUGGUACAGGUGGUGCUGGCGUUGCUGGAGCUUUAUCCUAUGCCAGUCUAAGCUAUGUUUUAUCACCAGCGCGUACUUUGCAAGUGAUGCUGGUAGUUCCGCUUUUAAUGUUUAUAACAUAUAUUUUUAUUUUGGACCCUCCACCUUCAAUGAGAGUUAAAUGUUCCACAAUAUGCAAGUCAGAUAAGCCUACAAAAAAAUCCAACAAAGCUGUGAAACUGAAGCAUACAUUCCGAGAACAGAUUAAUCUGAUAAAGCCACUGCUUAAGUACAUGGUACCCUUAUUCAUAGUGUACUUUGCAGAGUAUUUCAUCAACCAAGGCUUACUGGAACUGCUCUACUUCAGAAAUGCGAAUCAGUGGCUGAAUCAUAAACAACAAUAUCGCUGGUAUAUGACAACUUAUCAAUUCGGUGUCCUUGUUUCUCGCUCAUCAGUAAAUUUAUUCAGAAUUAAGACCGUAUGGGUGUUUCCAAUACUUCAGGUUAUAAAUCUUGUUGUGUUGUUAUUUCAAGUAUUCUUUCCAUUUAUUCCUGUUAUCUGGAUAGUAUUAGCUGUUGUUCUGUGGGAAGGACUUGUUGGUGGAGCAACUUACGUGAAUUCUUUUUUUGCAGUUACUACAGAGAUACCUGAAAAAGAUAGGGAGUUUUCAAUGGGCGUGACAUCCCUGGCAGAUACAAUGGGCAUAGCUUUUGCUGGAGCUGUGGCAGUAUAUACCCAUGAUGCAUUGUGUAAACUACCUGCUUAUACUAAACCAGUCUGAUUUCCCCUCACUUAUAUAGAGACUUGAAAUAUGCAGACAGUGAUAGUAUAUGUGAUGUUUUGUUUAUUUUUAUACAGCAAUGAACUAUUCACCAUGUUGAAGUUUUGAUUGAAUUUAUAUAGUUUGUAACUAUACAUAUUUAAGUGCCCUUUCUGGUAUUCUCUAUAUUAUCUUAUGACGAGCGGAAACGCAGGAUCUUUUUAUGUGAUGCAUUCCUAGUCAUAAAAAUUUUGAUGUAUGUUCAAACAGUUUACCAUGUUACUGGUUGCUAUUAUUUUUGGUAUAACAUAUUAUAAAUGCCUUUACAGCGACAUGUAAAAUUUUUUGUACUCAAGCAAUUGCCAUGUGAAAGUUUUGGCUCAAUUUACUUAGUUUGUAACUUAAACAUGUUUUUUAAGUGCCUUUUCUGACUUUCUUAUUAAGAUAUAUUUUUAUGUGAUGCGUUCCUAGUCAUAAAAAUUUUGAUGUAUGUUCAAGCAGUUUACCAUGUUAAUUGUUGCUAGUAUUUUUGUAUAACAUAUUAUAAAUGCCUUUACAGCAACAUGUAAAAUCUUUGUACUCAAGCAAUUCAUUAUCAUUUUUCUCUUCAUUUUGUA